UCCAUGGCCAAAGCCGUUUUAUCAUCCACCUUAACCUUCACCUCCAUCUCCUCUGGUUCAGAGUCCACCUCAAGAGGAAGAGCCUCUAAUAUUGUUCCAUUCCCGAAGCUGUCAUCUCAUUAUUCUCACUCUUUGUGCAGCCAUUCUCAACGUGCCAGCUUGGUGGUCAACAAUGCUUCGAAAACAGGGAACACGACGUGUCUCUCAAGUUCCAAAGAAAAGAAGGAGGAAUGUUGGAGUAUGGGUGGAAAACCAAUCAUCUUGGUCUCCGAGAAACUGGGAGAGGCAGGUCUGGAAGUGCUACGUGGUUUUGGGGACGUGGAAUGCGCGUACGAUCUCUCUGGCAAAGAACUGUGUUCAAAGAUCUCAUCAUGUGACGCUUUGAUAGUGAGGAGUGGGACAAAGGUGACAAGAGAGGUGUUUGAAGCUGGAAAGGGAAGGUUGAAGGUUGUGGGUAGAGCUGGUGUUGGCAUUGAUAAUGUUGAUCUCCAAGCUGCCACUGAGUUUGGUUGCCUCGUCGUUAAUGCACCCACCGCUAACACUGUUGCUGCCGCUGAACAUGCCAUUGCUCUCCUUGCUGCCAUGGCAAGAAACGUUGCCCAGUCUGACACCUCAAUCAAAGCUGGAAAAUGGGAAAGAAACAAGUAUGUUGGAGUUUCAAUGGUUGGGAAGACAUUAGCCAUAAUGGGAUUUGGAAAAGUAGGAUCAGAAGUGGCGCGGCGAGCAAAAGGGUUGGGAAUGAAUGUGGUUGCACAUGAUCCCUAUACACCAGCUGACAGAGCACGUGCUAUUGGUGUGGAUUUGGUGUCAUUUGAAAAGGCCAUCACCACUGCUGAUUUCGUAUCACUCCAUAUGCCACUCACUCCAACUACUAAAAAGAUCUUCAAUGACAACACUUUUUCCAAGAUGAAGAAGGGAGUCCGAAUCAUCAACGUUGCUAGAGGUGGAGUCAUUGACGAAGAUGCAUUGGUUAAAGCCCUUGAUUCUGGAAUUGUUGCUCAGGCUGCACUUGAUGUCUUCACCCAGGAGCCACCUCCAAAAGAUAGUAAGUUAGUGUUACACGAGAAUGUUACUGUCACGCCUCAUCUUGGAGCUAGCACUAAAGAGGCACAGGAAGGUGUAGCAAUUGAAAUAGCAGAGGCUGUGGUGGGAGCAUUAAAGGGUGAACUUUCAGCAACUGCUGUCAAUGCUCCAAUGGUUGCUCCAGAGGUUCUUUCAGAACUGGCUCCAUAUGUUGUGUUGGCUGAGAAGCUGGGGAGGCUAGCUGUGCAGUUGGUGUCAGGAGGAAGAGGAAUCAAAACUGUGAAGGUUGUUUAUCGAUCUGCAAGAGGCCCUGAUGACCUUGACACUAGACUCCUCCGAGCCAUGAUCACAAAAGGCAUCAUUGAACCUAUAUCUAAUUCAAUAGUCAACCUUGUGAAUGCGGAUUUCACUGCUAAGGAAAAAGGACUUCGCAUAAGUGAGGAAAGAAUAGUUGUUGAUUCAUCUCCUGAGAUGCCACUUGAUUCAAUCCAGAUACAGAUAUCAAAUGUGGAGUCCAAAUUUGGGAGUGCUGUAUCAGAGAGUGGUCAGAUAAGCAUUGAGGGAGAAGUUAAAUAUGGUGUUCCACAUUUAACAUGUGUGGGGUCUUUUGGUGUGGAUGUGAGCUUAGAAGGGAAUGUAAUUAUGUGCAGACAGGUAGAUCAGCCUGGCAUGAUUGGUAGUGUUGGGAAUAUACUUGCUGAACAUAAUGUGAAUGUGAGUUUUAUGAGUGUGGGAAGGACAUCUCGGAGGAAGAUGGCUAUUAUGGCUAUUGGUGUCGAUGAAGAACCAAACAAGGAAGCUCUUUACCAGAUAGGAGCGGUGCCUGCUAUCGAAGAGUUUGUCUUUCUCAAACUCUAA